AUGGUGAAGAUUGCAAACGAAAGCUGCCAGUAUCCCAUAACGGGGAUACAACUAGACUCUGAAUGUGAAAGAGAUGACUGUAACUCCAGGGGAGAUCAAUCAAGUGAAUUCAAUAGCAUUUCUGAUUGGGCGGCUCAUAAAACCAGUCCUCAGAUCAAGGUAAAGGAAGAUGUUCUGAGACCUUUCUAUCCAAAUAGUCCUGAUACACUUUCCUGUCAUGUGGAUUGCUGUGCAAAACUGUCUGGACAACAGGAAAUAUCUUCGAAAGGAUUUUCCAAAACCUCAACGUAUUGGCGACAGCAAAAUCCAUGUACCCCUGGGGUAUAUGUUCCUGCUAGAAUAAUUUAUAACCCAGCUUCUCAAAAUAAAGAUCUGGAAUAUCCGUGUUUGGACAUUUCUGAGGAUUUUCACCGACAACGAGAAGAAGAAGAAAAUUUUAUUAUCCUUGUUGACUCAACCGAGGAGGAGAAUAGAUCACCUCAGUUAGGAAAGAAAUUGCCUUGUCAUUACGAGGAAUGUCAUAAACCUUUCCAAGAUCUCACCGGGCUUCAAGAACACAGGAAGCUACACAUGGCUAGGAAUUCAUAUUGCUGCCCCUGUUGUGGCAAGGAGUUUUUUCGUGCAGCUAAUUUGCGAAUGCACAAAUUGACCCAUACGAAGGAAAGACCACACAAGUGCCCCAUAUGUAACAAAGGUUUCAUUCGCACUGCUGAUGUUUGGAGGCAUCUGCGCAGUUUUCACAAGAUAGAGCGCUCCAGUGUUGUUUUGGGAAACGCAAACACAAAGAAUCAAUGGUGCACACCGAAGAAAAAUCAGGAUAAGGAAGAGAAGGCUAAACAGUUGGAAUCUGCGGCCAGCAAUCUCGGAAACGAAAGUUCAAAAUCAUGUAUCUGCCCAGUAUGUCACAAAGUUUUCGGCAAACCUAACUUGCUUUCCAAACACAAAGUGAUACAUCGAGAAGAAAAGCCGUACAAAUGCAAAGAAUGCGGCAUGGCCUUUGUCCAAAUGGCUAGAUUAAAAAGGCACCAUCUGACACAUACUGGAGAGCGUCCAUUCUCCUGUGAAAGAUGCAACAACACAUUUACACGCUUAGGCUCAUUACAGCGUCAUCGACGUAUCCAUACUGGAGAGAGGCCCUAUUCUUGUUCCUACUGCGGUGUGUCGUUCACAGAUUCAGGAACUCGGAGGAGGCAUGAACAGAUUCAUAAAGUUAUCCAAAUAUAA